AUGGCGAAUCGAGAAGCAAGAUUCAACACCGAUGUCUUCGUCGACACGACGCCGAUGCCCGAUCACAUCCCCAAGGUGAAAGAGAUCGGAGCCAGUUCAGCACCUUUACUUAGCGCAUCAUUCUUCAUUGGUGCGAGAUGUCGACCGUAUAAUGACGACUACAUGCAAUGCAAGACCGAAGCGUUGGAAGAUAUCAACAAGAACUGCCUCGAGGAAUUCCGAGCCCACUGGAUGUGCCUGGAAAAUAACAACCACCAAUUAUGGCAGUGUCGUCGGCCGGAACGGGCGUUGAAUCGCUGUGUAUUUCAGAAAAUUGGCCUGGAAAAGACCAUCCCCGAUACACCCAAGGGCCAAACGCCGAUCCAUCUCCGAGAUAAACAGUUGUUUGCUGACACCACACAGGUGGUCAUGCCGUGGGAGAAGGAUGUGGGAAUCAGAAAAGAUGAGGCCAAUAAGCUUGCAUAA